CGGAUAGCAACAAGAAUCAGAUAGCAGGAGGUAGCAGAAGGACUCGCUGCCGGGAGUUGGGACUGUGUCAUCUUCAAGCAUCGAGAAAUCCAAUAUGUCCGACAUGGAGGAUUUGGCCAAGCCGACCAUGCAGGCCAACGUGUCGGACAGCUACCCGCUGAACCCGGCCAGCGUGAUCGUAUCGGUAGUCUUCUCGCUCAUCUUCUUGCUGGGCACAGUGGGCAACAGCCUGGUGCUAGCCGUGCUGCUACGGAGCGGACAGUUGGGCUACAACACCACCAACCUCUUCAUCCUCAACCUCAGCAUGGCUGAUUUCUUCUUCAUCAUCUUCUGCGUGCCCUUCCAAGCCACCAUCUACUCGCUGGACGGCUGGGUCUUCGGCUCCUUCAUGUGCAAGGUCGUCCACUUCUUCAUCAACCUCACCAUGUACGCCAGCAGCUUCACACUUGCUGCCGUCUCCGUUGACAGGUAUUUGGCUAUCCGUUACCCACUGCGUUCCCGAGAGCUGAGGACACCAUGCAACGCUUUGGUGGCCAUGGUGGUCAUCUGGGGCCUCUCUUUGGUGUUCGCGGGGCCCUACCUCAGCUACUACCGCCUGAUCGACUUCGCUAACGGCACCAUGUGCAUCCCCGGCUGGGACGAGCGCGACCGGAAGCUCCUGGACACGUGCACGUUCCUGUUCGGUUACGUGGUUCCGGUGCUCAUCGUCAGCCUGUCGUAUACACGCACCAUCAAGUACCUGUGGACCGCCGUGGACCCUCUGGACGGCAUGUCCGAGUCCAAACGGGCCAAGCGCAAAGUGACCAAGAUGAUCCUCAUCGUCACGGUGCUCUUCUGCAUCUGCUGGCUGCCCUACCACGUGGUCAUCCUUUGCUACCUGUACGGAGACUUCCCCUUCAACCAAGUGACGUACGCUUUCCGCCUGCUGUCGCAUUGCAUGGCCUACGCCAACUCCUGCGUCAACCCUAUCGUCUACGCGCUGGUCUCCAAGCACUUCCGCAAGGGCUUCAAGAAGGUCUUCAGCUGCCUGCUCAGCAAAAAGGGGCGCAACAAGGUCCACGUGGUGCACGUGGCCAACACCGUGCCAGGCUUCGAGGCCGGGUCCACCGAGGUGUCGCAGAUGAACGAGGAGAAUGCUCGCAACAAUGAGUGCGAGAUGACCGACAGACGGCCGGUCCAGCCCCGGGAGCCCACCGUCACCCUUGACUUGCCCUUUCAACACCCCACCUGAGCAGAGUGGGGACUACUCAUACAAGACGGGCAAAGACAAUAACAUACCGGUUGCCUUGAGUCUCUGUUGUCCUCAUUCAGGUCAGGAACGUGUCUUGACUGACUGCCUAUAUCGGUCGCCAAUAAAAUGCAACCACUUGCAGCUAACCAGCCAUAUUGAAUGUGGAGCCCCCUUGACAACGCCGCCCAAAAAGUUCCACAUCGAACAUAAUGUUUCAGAUACAUGCAAGGCAGGCUCGCGGUGUGACCUCCCCCAAGGCGGGUCAAUUUUGUCAAAGGAAAUCAAUGAACAAUUCAGUGUAGGGUUAUUUUGUUUAGAUAGACUAGACAUGUCAUCAUCUGCUGUGCAAGAUACAAACUGUCAGCACCAAACCUCAUGAGAUGUUACAUGUAAAUGUUAUUUGUUCUCUGACAACGGGACUGCGUGUGUGUUUGUGUGAGUGAGAACAGACAAAUCUCCUGUUUGUGUUGUACAGCCCCCAGACAGUGUAUGUGUAAAUGACAUAAGAAUGACACUGUUCUAUUUAUUUUUGAAAUGCUUUGAUGUAUGUUAUUUUAUAUUUGAUUUUAUUUCAUACAUCCCACCGAUUAUUAUGCACAUUGUCUUUAUUUAAGACAAUAUAUAUUUAAUUUGAUGUAUUUAAUUCAUAAAAUAUCUUAAAUUUAUAUAUUACUUGCAGUAUGGCCCAGCAUUGCUCAGGUUUGUGUAACAUUAACGCAAUCAAACCGAAUGGAAGAUAAAACAUACUUAUUGGCCCGAAUAUAAGACGGUUUUUGCAUUGAAAUAAGACCGAAAAAGUGGGGUCGUCUUAUAUUCGCAGUCUAGACAUUAUACCCAUUCACGACUCUAGAUGGCGCCGGAUAUCGUUGAAGCAACUCUGAAGUUUAACCAGUUUGCAUUAUUUUAUUGCAAUGUUUUUCCUUAUUCAGAUUUGUUUCAAGACUACAAUUACAGUUAGACUUCACUUUGAUGGUUAAUGCAGUUAUUGCAAUUUUGUUGUUUUAUCACAAUAGAUUGGUUUAUUUACAUUUCAAAAACCAGAAGCCAUUCAUUUACGAAUGUGAUUGCACUUUAGUUUGCAUAUUUAAUAGGGCUGUCAAAAUUAUCGCAUUAACGGGCGUUAAUUAUUUUUUAAAUUAAUCACGUUAAAAUAUCUGACGCAAUUAACGCAGAUGCCCCGCUCAGACAGAUUUAAAUGACAGUACAGUGAAACGCUCACUUGUUGUGUUUUAUGGAGUUUUGCCGCCCUCUGCUGGCGCUUGGGUGCGACUGAUUUUAUAGGCUUCAGCACCCAUUAGCAUUGUGUAAGUAAUUAUUGACAUCAACAAUGGCUACUAGUUUAUUUUUUGAUUGAAAAUUUAACAAAUUUUAUUAAAACGAAAACAUUAAGAGGGGUUUUAAUAUAAAAUGUCUAUAACUUGUACUAACAUUUUUCUUUUAAGAACUACAAGUCUUUCUAUCCAUGGAUCGCUUUAACAGAAUGUUGAUAAUGUUAACGCCAUCUUGUUGAUUUAUUGUUAUAAUAAACAAAUACAGUCCGUAUGUACCGUAUGUUCAAUGUAUAUAUCCAUCUUGUGUCUUAUCUUUCCAUUCCAACAAUAAUUUUCAGAAAAAUAUGGCAUAUUUUAUAGAUGGUUUGAAUUGCGAUUAAUUGCGAUUAAUUACGAUUAAUUAAUUUUUAAGCUGUAAUUAACUCGAUUAAAAAUUUUAAUCGUUUGACAGCCCCGAUAUUUAAAUGUUUAGAUAUUAAGAUUUGAAUGAGGCAAAAUAACAUGCUUUUUCUCUUAAAUAUAUUGUAUUAUAUAUUGUAAUAUUAGCUUGUUUUAUAUUGCAUUAUAUAUUGUAAUAUAAUAAUUUGUUUCAGAUGUACUGUAAUUAUUUUCUGUAUAAAAAUUAAUUUGGUGUUCAAAAAGUCUUUUUCAAAUUUGAGUCUUGAAAAGAGGGGGUCGCCUUAUAAUCAGGGCCGUCUUAUAUUCGGGCCAAUAUGGUACUUUCCUUAGAGAUGCAGCUAUAAUAUUAAUACAGUAAGAGGACACCAUAAAGGGUUUAAUCUGCGAUGCUUUUCCAUCACCGUGUACAGUAUCGUGGCGAAGGACAUGAGAAGAAUGAGAGAGACCGUUUUUAUAUUUCACACUUACUGCUCUUGUGCCCCCAUACAUACACUGCCCAAGAGAUAGCGCCUUUAUUCAACAGAAAACUCCAGAACAUAACAACAGCAACUACCACUCUCAAUUAUGGUUGCCACAACUACCCAUGAACCAUUGCAGGUGUAACACAUAAUAAAUAUUGGUUGCUACAGUAAUAAUAUCCAGCUGAAAUGAAUCCCUUCGUAAUAUUCUGGAAAAUUGUACAUUUUUUUGAAAUGCAGCGUCUUGUUUUGGAGUACAAUAAUUUACAGACUAUAAGCCGCACCUGACUAUAAAUCGCACCCCACAAAUUUGACACGAAAAUGGCAUUUGUCCCUAGAAAAGCCGUACCGGACUAUAAGCCUCACCUACCAAAUUUGACAAGAAAACUAUUUGUUCAUGUAUAAGCUGCACUGGACAGUAAGCCACAGGGGUAGUCACACCUAAAGACAACUGUUGUCGCGAUACCAUAAUAUUUUCAACUUGAUAUCUAUACUAAAAAAAGACUCAAAGCCAUUUUAAAUUCUAUAUGUUUAACCCUUAGAUGCACAAGUUACUGGACCCUACACUCUUCCAUAAGUGGGUCAAAAAUGACCCAUAUUAGAACCAAUGUGUUUUUAUGCCAUUUUGGUGAAGAAUAAUCACGUGAAUAUUAUUUAGUAUGAUAUUUAGGGCCACACAAGAAUGAUUUCAUGCUUUAAAUAUCUUUAUGAUUCAAAUAAAAUUUUUUGGGAAAAAACAAAAAUAACAGCAAUAGACUUAAUCCUUUUUUGUAUUUUAUCAUCAAUAAUGAAGAGCUCCCAUGCAUCUUUUUGGUGAGAGCGGUGCUAAGCCCUUGUGGAGGCACUGACCGAUUUCUGAGUAUAUUGUGGCUCUAUGUUCUGCCCUGGGUGGGGGGGUAAUCCUCUCUAGUAAGAGCCCUACCAACUCAUUCUGUUGGCCAUGAUUUGGGCACUUUCUUCUUCAGAGGACACAUAAGUGGAAAAUUAUGAGUCAGAUUGAUCCUGUUCAGUUGGAUUUCCAGGUGGACAACUGCCACCUGAACAAUAGUCUGGAUCCUCAUCAUUAGAAAUUUUGGACACUUGAGUCCAACCCCGUCACUGCCUCGCCAUCAUCCAACAUCUGUAGGACCAUUUCAGCUGUAAAUCUAGCACCAAUCCGAUUUUUUCGUGUUUUUCUGACUCGACUGAACGGGAAAAGUCAAAUAAAAGUGGACCAUUUUCAAAUUCGAUCCAUGUCACUUUCGUAUGCGGUUAAAAUCCCAUCAGGGCCACAUUUUUCCAGAAUGUGGCUGCGGUCCGAUCUGUCAAGUCCCCCAAAGUGGAAUUCAUGCAGCAAUUAACAUCAGCAAAGAGCGAGAGAGACAGGGUGCUACGGUAGCGGUGCAGCUGUGCAUUAGCGUUAGCACCUAGCUGGAACGCGGAUUUUGGGGA